CUCAUGUCUCAUUCGUAAACAACAGAGUACCCCGAGUCUUUGCUUUCGUUAGUUUUUAUCGACUAUUCCUUUGUGGCCUUCAUAUUCGUUUCAUUGGGACGUUUUUCAUUUUUGUUUCCAAUGCUCUCAUAAUUCGCUCUUCAUUGUUGCGCUGUCGGACUUUCUCGGUCUCCAUAAGCUCAUAAGCAGAUUCUACAACAGCUGGCCUGCAUUUGCAAGCAAAGAUUCAUUGGAUACACCUAUUCCCGUUCCCGUUUUCCGAAUAUACUUUCUGGAGCUUGAGUUUUCUGUUCUCUUUCUCUGUAUCAGCUUAGGCUGCCGCUGCUUCAGAAUGGAUCAGUUUUCCCAUGAUUUAACGGUGGCCUUGGAAGAAACCUCACUACUUGAUCGCGCCAAAGUCAGCCGAUGGGGUCAACAAAGGAGACGAACUCGUUCCACUGGCAAUUUGCCGUGUGCCCCACAGCCAACCGAAGACUCCAGUAGUCCAACCGAUGCAGCACUAGGAGCAUCUGUUCAGACAGCCACAAAUAAUAACGAUGGACUCGAUACCGUAAAUGUUAAUUUACCAAGUGACUCAGAUGACAAGGAGGAGCUGGGUGUUCCACGUCUGGCUUGUAAAUCAUUGAGUACGGCACGUGUUUUGGGCACAUUGGAAUCGGAUUCACUUAAUGAGACAUUCAGUCCGGCGAGAUUCUUUAAACCGAGCGCAAGAAGGAAACGUAAGCUGAAACGCAUCUCAAUGGAUUAUGAGGUAAUUGGUGCAGGAUCUACAAGUCAAGUUCCCGAGCCAUCUGUAUCGACUUUGAGCUUGGCCCCGAAUAACACCUCAACAGGAUGUCCUGGCACAUUAUCGAUGCGUAAACGAGGCCUAAAACCCGAAGUCAACAGUCGUCAGAUGUUUUUCUGUGGAAAGCGUAAGCGUUCGAACCGUGAUCGUUAUCAGGAACAUGACCACUCUUCAAGUAUGCCACGCCACAACAGCCAUUUGGAAGAAUAUAGCAUGAGACCACGCAGUUUUUCAUCCACAUCAAAACCACACAGCGAUAGGCUUUUACCUUUGAAUAAGGGUCUCUUAUCAAAAAUUGAGCGCAUAUCCCAACAACAACAAAAGACUGAAGCUGCAAAAACUUCUCAAUUCGAACAAAUGGAAAAGGAAAGUUUUAUUACUACAGUGAGUGUGGCUGAUAGUAAAAUUAAUGACGCCAUCGAAGAUAUUGGAAACGAAUCAACAAUUUUAGACGCGUCGUCAACUUUUAAUUUGAGCCCGGACGCGUCUGGAUCAAUGAUAGCUGAACAAAUAUUUGGUCCCGGCAAGGAAUCCUCAUUUCUACUUUCCAAUGUCAUGUCACAACAACAGGACACAAAUUUUCAAAACCACCGUAAGAAACGUUCUGCUGGUCAUCAUCAUCGUCGACGAUUACUGCAAUUUUCUGUAGACCAAAACUCAAUGGAUUGUGAGGAUUUCAACAGUUCGAGUUCGUUGAGCUCAUCUGAUUCGGAUGAUCAUGCUGUUAAUGACACCGACCGAGAAGGGGAUGAUGAGUUAACUGACUGGCCAGGGAACGAAACGCUAUGUGGUGAAUCGAAAUACGAUACCAAACGUAAACUUACAAAACGCAAUACAUUGCCGCAAAUUAAAUCUGACCCUGAAAGUGUGGGAUCUUUGCAGAUUGGCGAAGAUGACACUGUGAUGUCGAACAAUACCACUGUUGGUGAAAACACAUCGCUAAACUUCCCGCCAUCCGCCGAUUCAAACAGGGGCGUGGUUACAGAAUUACCGUAUCAGUCGUCGGAACCCAUCAACAUUGCCAGUAAAAUUGGAUUUUCCUCGUUGUGUCGUUCGGAUGUGGUCUCUGAUGAUGUCACCGUACCAAUUAAACAGAUCGAAAGUGAAAUGUCAGGUGAAACUUCAAAUCCCUUUCUCUCAUCGCCACCUUGCCAGCCAAGUGAAGUGAGAGAAAUACGGGCAGGUUGUCGCCGCGUUAAAGGCGAACGACCAGGAUUUAGUAUAAAAACAUCAGUGAAUGAGCGUUUGGCACGUUUUUUGCAAGAUCCAAGACAACUUCAAAUUCGUCUGCCUGACGUGGAAAUAUAUGAACAUGAAAGUCUUUUAAACUUGGCCCAAUUGUAUUCUUUGCAAAUGUCACUGGAUAAUGGAUGUGCUGUGCUAAAUAAAACAAGCAAAACUACACAAUCCGUCAACAUUGAACAACAGAGUCUGCAGGAUGGUCUAUUUUUGAGCGACUUUAAAAGACGUUGCUACGACAGUAAUGAAGCUGAGUUAUUGCACAAUAAAUAAUCAAUUUAUAGAUGUGGAUGGAAGCACAUGUAUACAGUUGCCACCGGAUGCAGUGUCAUUUGAACAAAAAAGUGCAACUUGGAAAAUCAAACAUUAAUGCGUUUCAAAUAAUUAAUACGUUAAUUUGUGUAUGUAUAUGAUGAAUGAAUGUACGUAUUAUAUAUGUAUGUAUGUAUGUUAUUUGUAUUCCUAAUAUCAAAAUAUUAAUAUUAAUUUUUAGAUAAUUUGUUUGUUUUUUUUUUUUUUUUCAUAUAAAGUGGUCAUACAAAUUAAUUUAUAGUGGCAAUUAUUUUUAAAAUAUGUAAAGUUCGAAUGAUGUGUUUUGUCUAGGUAAAAUUUAGUAUUGGCUUACUUAUACCCAUUAAAAUAGCUUCGAUCAUAUCGACGUCACGAUAUAUACUAGAUAUAGUUUUAUUAUUAUGAGUUUCAUGAUCAAUUCUAAUAUAUGCAUUCAAUUCGGAAAUAUUAGAGUACUAAUUUUCAUCCAGA